GUGAGAGUCGCACAGUGACAGAAGCGAGAGAGAGAGAGGGAAGGAUCCCAUAGCUGGUGUUUUCCCUGAGAGACCGGUGUGGUGAGACCCCCGGCAGUCGCAGCGACAGAAAACAGCACCCAGUUUAAAUAUUCCUGGGUGAAUGAGGAAAGGUGAGAGUCGCACAGUGACAGAAGCGAGAGAGAGAGAGAGGGAAGGAUCCCAUAGCUGGUGUUUUCCCUGAGAGACCGGUGCUGGUGAGACCCCCGGCAGUCGCAGCGACAGAAAGCAGCACCCAGAGACCUCCAUUUGUUACGAUGGAUUGGGGAACGCUCUAUGAGGUUAUUGGCGGAGUGAACAGACAUUCUACCAGCAUUGGCAAGAUCUGGCUUUCGGUUCUCUUCAUCUUCCGCAUCAUGAUCCUUGUUGUGGCUGCCGAGAGCGUGUGGGGGGAUGAGCAGUCGGAUUUCACCUGCAACACCUUACAGCCCGGAUGCAAGAAUGUCUGCUAUGACCAUCAUUUUCCAGUUUCUCACAUCAGGUUGUGGUGCCUGCAGCUUAUAUUCGUUGCCACCCCUGCCCUUUUGGUAGCCAUGCACGUGGCCUAUCUAAAACAUGAAGAGAAGAGGCAGUUGCAGAAGAAGGGAACCUUUGGGGGAAAGGACUUGGAAGAGUUGAAGCUAAAGAAGGUCAGAAUCAGGGGAACCCUAUGGUGGACCUACACAACAAGCAUCUUAUUCAGAGUCCUCUUUGAAGCUGCCUUCAUGUACCUAUUCUACUUUCUGUAUUCUGGCUUCCAAAUGCAGAGGCUCGUCCAGUGUAGCAACUGGCCGUGCCCCAACGUUGUCGACUGUUUCAUUUCCAGGCCUACAGAAAAGACUGUGUUCACUAUAUUCAUGAUUAUCGUGUCUGGUAUCUGCAUGGUCCUGAAUGUGAUGGAGCUUUGUUACCUAAUCGUGCAGGCUUCCCUAAGGAGGUCAAAAAAACAUUCACUCAGGCAUUCUAACCACAUGUCUGGCAAGGAGGAGAAGCAGAACAUCAUGAAUGAGCAAAAAGAGCAAUAGCCUGGUGCUUUGGCUGGAUUGUACUUUGGCAGGUCAGCUGCCCAUUAGAUGGGAGUAGCCACCAAUGAUUCAUAUUGCAGUAUUAACUACAUGAGAAUGAAUCCCAAACCAGCACAGAUGAUAACAAAUCCAUGCUAAGGUUUUCCCAGUGGCAAUGGGUUGGACUGUGGGUUGGAAAUAAAACCAUGGUAUUGCACCAUUAGUCCCCUGGGCAAACAACUAUUGUCUACAACUAGCUAUUAAGCCAAAGAAUAUUCACAGAAUGCAGUAGAACCGUAGCAAUCUGCUUCCUUGCUCAGAGAGAAGCCAUUUUCUGCAUUCUAAUCACUUCCUGCCCAACCUACUAACAUGUAGUCCUUUCACCAGGAAGUAGGAAAUAGAGCGUGGUGACUGGGGAAGUCCGUGUGAGAGGUGGAGACUUAUUACAAGGAUGGAAAGACCGAUUCCUUAGCCACGAGAUUAUUUUGGGCUGCCAGUGUGUAUUGGGAGAACUUUUCAAAACUUCUAAAAUGGUCACCUUAGGGAUUCUUAUAAUGAAGACAAAAUGCUGUAGGACAUGACUUGACAAUCGAUAGUAUUGUAAUGUAAUUUUUUUGCUAUUUAUGUUACGGAGGAAUUGCUACUGUCUCGUAGCCCCAGUGAUUUCUAACCGAUUGCAGACACUGCCAUUUUAAUGGGCUUGUAAUGGUAAAUUGGCAGAUGUGGCACAGCGGUGCUAUUAGACGGAACUGGAAUUUCUUCAAAUGAGUGGUAUGAUCCAUAGGCUUCUUAUUAAUUAGUCAUGGUUGCUUCCCUUAAAUCUCAAUUUUCAUAAAACCAUUUCAUUUUCAGUGGCAAGAUUAGGGGGUUAUAGAUUCAAAGUUGAGACAUUUGCUUCAGGUGUAGCAACUCACUGCAACCAAUCAGAUGUCUUGUUUCAAACACCAUAUAGAUAAAUGCUACCUAGUGAUUGGUUGCUAUGGGCUGGGGCAAAAUCUUUUCACUAUUUUUACAUUAUCCCUAAUGUUACCCAACUGUGUAGACUAAUUACAGGUAUUUUCUAGGCCAGUGCUCCUAAACCUGUGGCUCUCCGGCCGCUUAUCAACAGCAAUAGGCAUUAUCCCAAGAUUCCAAAGCCGCUGGAAAGCAUCAGGUUGGAAAUUAUUGUUCAACAUAGACAGUUCCAACACUGCCAAACAUCUUUUCCGUCAUUUCGGUUGUCAUGCACUGCAUAAGAGUUUACUUUAAUAUGUGUAAAUAGAUCAUUUCUUUGUUUUAUAAUAUGUAUUGCUCUGGGCCUUUGUCCCAGAAGGUUACAUUGAUGACAUAAUAAUUCAUGGAAUUCUUUUAUUUGAUAGACUAGAAACUCUGACAUGAAUGUAGCACCAGGAAUAGUUUGUAAUAUGCUGCCUUAGACACUUCAUUGAAUUUUCUAAUUUUUUAUACACAUUCAAGGGCAAUAUGGUCUUUUUGUAAAGAAUGUAUACAAAUCACUCUCUGUUCUGUGUAUGAGCCCUAGAAGAACAAAUGAUCCAUGACUAACAUCUGUAUCCUUCUGUCACUUUUUACUUUCUGUUACUUUAUUCUCCUAUAUUGAGUCCAAAGGUGCAGCAACCUGAGGCAGCUGUACUUACAUGGAUAGGCCACUAGGUGGAGAUCUCUAUGCACAAGAUAUUUGAAUUAUAAAAUGUAAUUUUUUUUUUGUAUUUUAGCUUUUAUAGAUUAAAUAAAGAAUUGCCUUAUGAUA